AUGAAGCUUUUCCUGUUGCUUUCCGUUAUUCUAUUCAAUUUUUGGAUACAUUGUGAAGCAAUCGAAUGCUAUUCGGGCUUGAAAGUAAUCGCUGGGCAGGGCGUAGGAACUAACACAAUUAACUGUGAGAAUAGUGGAGCACAAUGUUACAACAUGACAGCCAAUGCUGCUAAUGUUUAUUUGGACGUUGUAAAAACUGGAUGCUCAUUAUGGAGAUGUAUGUUAGCUAAAGAUCGUUGUAUCUCCACUACAUUCAAAAAUAUUCCCAUAAGCUUAUGCUGUUGCAGCGGCAGUCGAUGCAACGCGGGAGGACAAAUUGAAAACAAAGGCAGUUUUUCUGGUAACAAUGCCGAACCAUCGGGAUCAAAUGAUAAACGUAAAGAGAUCGAAGCGGAAUUACGGAAUGGCAAUUUAGAUGAUGACAAUAGUUUCCAAUCAAAUCGUGCUAAUCGUCGUGGAGGAUGGGAUAAUUGA